ACAUUCAUUCAUUUUCAUCUCCUGUUUCUUCUCGCAACCCGACAAUAUCGACCCUAAACCUGAACCUGAUCUCAGAUCAACAGUUCGAGACUAGCAACCGAUUCGAUGACGGCUUGAACCGUGGGUUAAAAAAUGAGGCCAUUUUGCUUAUUGGUGUUGGUUUUGGUGUUACAAGAAGCAAAUUGUUCUCAAAGGCAACAGAAGCUUUAUGAUUUCAAAACAAAGCUUCAACAACACUCGUUUCAGCUGUCAUCUUCUUUCGAUCUUGUCAAGAGUUCGGGAAGGGUGUUUUACCCAAUUGGGUAUAGAGCAGACCCGAGUGGUGCGCAGGAUAGCACGGUGGCCGUUAUUGACGCGGUGACCGACGCUUGUUCAGUCGGAAAUGGGCAGCAGUUGCUGCCCGGAGUCAACGAUUUGGGUGGCGCUAUUGUUGACCUUCAAGGUGGCAGCUUCAGGAUCUCUAAACCCAUUAUUAUUCCUCCGAAUUCCGGCAACUUAGUGAUACAAGGCGGUACAUUGCGAGCAUCUAACACAUAUCCAUCAGACGGCUACCUAAUCGAACUACACUCGCCAAGUUCCUUAAAAUCUUCGAAAACCAAGUCACACGACACACUCUCCGACAUUAAAACAAGAAACGAACCAAUAUACUACGAAGACAUCACCCUUCGUGACAUCCUUUUCGAUUCAAGUAACAUAAGUGGAGGCCUUCUCGUGGUUGACUCAGCCCGAACUCGAGUCACCAAUUGCUUUUUCGUACAUUUCGUCACCGAGGGAAUAUUAGUCGAGAGAGGCCACGAAACCUUCAUAUCUAGUUGCUUCAUGGGAGAGAUCCUUAACGUCGGUGGGGACCAACGUGAGCGUGAUUUCAUAGGGACCGCCAUUGAUCUCACUAGCAACGACAAUGCGGUCACAGAUGUCGUUAUCUUCUCAGCCGCUAUCGGGAUUGUGUUAAGGAGUCAGAUUAACAUAAUCACCGGGGUACAUUGUUACAACAAGGCUACAGUUUUUGGUGGGAUUGGGAUUUUGAUCAAAUCAGGACAAAUCCGGAUGGAUAACUGUUACUUGGAUUACAACUCGAUUGUUAUCGAAGACCCGACGCAAAUUCAUGUUACCAACGGGUUUUUUCUAGGAGGAGGUAACAUUGUUUUGAAGUCGGUUAAUGGUCGCAUAUCGGGCCUCAACAUUAUUAACAACAUGUUCACUGGUGACUCGAGAAGUGUCGUGGAACUAGACGGGGAGUUCACAAGCAUUGAUCAAGUUGUUAUCGAUCAAAAUAAUGCGAUAGGCGGGAUGAGGAUGAAAUCUACGGUUGGGAAGUUGGCGGUGACCGGAAGCGGGACUGUGUGGAGAGCGGACUUCUCGCCAGUGUUGGUUUUUCCGGACAGAAUAAGUCAUGUUCAAUACUCGGUUUAUAAUAGUGCAUUGAGAAUAAAUGGGAUGGGAGGACAUGCGGUUACAAAUGUAAGUGGGAACAUUGUUGUGGUUGAGACAGAAAAACAAAUGAAUGGGACUGUUUGGUUUUUGGUUGAUCAGAAUCUAUGAUAUUUAA